AUGGAACCCGCUCAAAUCCCACGAUCACUCACCAACUCCGUCAUAGAAUCUUACCUGAUACCGAUUCCAUACCCCACUGCUCCCGAGGACGGAACCUGCAUCAUCUGCCAUCAAGAGUACGAACACUUCGAUCUCAUGCCCAACGUGGACAUCGACAGCCCAGUACGGCUCUCUCCAUGCAACCACGUCUUCGGCAUGCUAUGCGUGCGCAGGUGGCUCAGGCAAAAUCCCACUUGCCCGCUCUGCAGGGCCAGGAUCCCAGUCCCGCACUCAUGGACUUAUGCCGAACACUUGGCGCAUCACCUCGACCCGCCAGCUCCCUCCCAACCGCCUGCAUUGGCCUCGCCGAACAUACAUGCCAGGGCCCUAGCCGUCUUUUUCGAGGUAGCCGAGGCCGCAGGUCUGGUACGUCGCGCCGACACGGUUGGCGUCACAGCUUGGACACCUGAGCAGAUGGCCGCGCAAAUCCGCGCAUACGACGAACGUCGUCCCAACAUCUUCGACUGGCUGCGGCAGCUUCCUUCUUCCGUCCUCGCUCGCGCGGAUCCUCAGAGCGUAGAUGUUGCUCUCGACAUCAUCAACAGCAUUGAUCGGGGACGCGAUCGAGGUACUUUUAGCGUGACUCAUGCCGAGUCCCUGGAGCGUCCGACGGCGCAAGCGCUGGCAUAUGAGGACGAUCGGCUCGGCGUUUACGAUCAGCUGCGCGAGGAUCCGGGCGCCGAUGUGGCGCGGCGGAACCCGAGGAGCGUGAGCUUUUGGGAGAGUAUCCCUGCCAGCGAUUGGGAUACACUCGGCGUGCCCAGCCAAGCGCCCGCUCCCGCUUCUGCUUCUGCUACCGUUGUUGCUGCCGCUGACCCGGACCCGGACCCAGAUCUGGACUUGGAGACUGAGGAUGACGAAAACACUGUUAUCGAUGUGAAUCCGGACCAUGAAGAGUUUCGCGAUCGGAUUACCUAG